AGAUGCACAUUGUAAGUUGGAACCAGAAAUAUAUGAACGCAGAUGAUGCAGCAAAAUAUACGGACGGUCUGGCUGUUCUCUCUAUUUUGUUUAGAUUAUCAACACGUGAUAAUCCUGUAUUAGAGCCAGUAAUACAAGUUCUACCUGAAGUAAGAGAUCCAGAUGAUCAUACAUUGAUUACAAUUCCUGCAACUUCAAUCAAACAUUUCCUGCCAAAGUUUCCAGACCGUUACUUCAGAUACCAUGGUUCUUUGACAACACCAAACUGUAACCAAGCAGUGAUUUGGAGUGUGUUUGAACAACCGCAAUUCAUUUCAGAAAGACAGUUGAACUAUUUCCGUCAAAUGCUUGCAUCCUCAACUCAUCUAGAAACCAAAUUACAGAGACAACUUGACCUAGCUACAAAUGGUCGUGUAUUCAGUAGACGGAUUAGAUUAAUCGACAACUUUCGACCUAUCUAUGAACUUCAUGGACGUCAUGUUUAUAGGAGUUUCAAACAUUUUGACGUCAAACCGUCGUUAAGCAAAUAUUAUAAAGAACAGUCUUGUUUUAAGCCUUUUGAUUUUAAAAGUGGUUCUAAAAGUUAUCCACUGAAACCUCCAAAUUAUCUUCCCAUUCUGUCAAAGUACUGAAUACAGUAUGGUUGUGAAUAUAAUUUA